UACAACCAAAGUUCAUGUCAAAGUGAACAUAUUAGCUAAUAUUGCUAACUGGCUAGUACAUGUGACCAAAGGCUUGGCCGUUUCGGGAACGGUUUCAUAUACCACAACGCACCACAGUCCAUGUAUUGCUAAGCUGAUCCGUUCUCCCGAAGGAGAUUUAUCUUAUUGACUCGACAUACGCUGUAGGGUGACAUUGAACCUACGCCGGAGGAAGGCCCCACUAUAGCCUGGGUUACGAGUGGAAGUCGUUCCCAGUUGAAGAAACAUGGAUUCGUGGGUUCGUUUCAAUGCUCAGAGCCAAGCCAAAGAGAAGCUUUUCAGGGCCGUGCAGUACGCCUGCACGUUGCUAGGCUACACGCUGCAGAAGGGCGGGGCGGGCGGCGAUCUCCUGACGAAGAUCAAACAGCUGGAGGCGCACGUGAGCCUGGUGCGGAAAUUAAUGCGGCUGGGGAACUCCGCGGAGGCGCUGGAGGCCGCCAAGCGGGCGAUCCACCUGUCGGACUGCGUGCUGCGGCUGUGCAUCACCGUGUCGCACCUCAACCGCGCCAUGUACUUCGCCUGCGACAACGUGCUCUGGGCCGGUAAGACGGGCGUGCUGCCCAAACUGGACCAGACCAAGUGGAGCCAGCGCUCCUUCAGGUACUAUCUCUUCGCCCUGAUCCUGAACCUGACGCGCGACGCCUACGAGGUCAAGCUGCUGAUGGAGCGCGAGUCUCGGAGUGGCGGCGGGAAGGGGGCGUGGCCCAGCCCGUCGGCCCCGCCCCCGGAGGCUGGGGAGGAGCUCCGGAGCCCCGCCCAGCGCUUCCCGGGCCCCGCCCCCGUGAGCGCCCUGACCAACCGGCUGCAGCGGGAGCUCCGGCUGCUGACGACCGUGCUGCGCUGCAACCCGCCCCUCCUGCUGGACCUGGUCAGGAACCUGUGCGACCUGUUCAUCCCCCUGGACCGGCUGGACCUGUACCGCACCGGGCCCGGGUUCGUGGGGGCCUGUGGCCUGACAUCGUCCGUCCUCUCCCUGCUCACCAUCCUGUACCCCUGGCUCAAACUCAAACCGUAACCCCCCCCCGCGGGCAGUGCGGGACCCCUCCGAUUGGACUGUGUCAUUACAGAGGAGUCAGAAAGGAAGGAGAGAGUGAGAGAGAGAUAGUGGUGUGUGUGUGUGUGUGUGUGUGUGUGUGUGUGUGUGUGUGUGUACAUGUGUGUACACACGACAGGGCCUGUUCCCUCUCUAAAGCAGUGUACUCUUUCUCUGGGCUCUGCCACGGUUUUACAGGGAGCAGGUGGAGUGUGUGCUUUUAUUUUUGUUUUGUUUUUUGGAAGUGGGAGAGGUUAGGUCUGGGAUCAACUACCUGUCUGCCAGAGUCGAUUUAAAGUGUGUUCUCCUGGAGGGUGUGACACACGCACACACACACACACACACACACACACAUAUGCACACACACACACUCACACACAUGCCUGCGUACACACACACACACACACACACACACACACACACACACACACACAUACACGCACACGCAUCCUUCAGAGAAGGCUGUGCUUCUAACUGUGUCCAGUAGAGGACAGUCUAGAUCCACUAUUGAGCAGUGGGUUCAUUUUGAUGCACGUUUCAUUGUGGAGAGAGAUUCAUUUCUUUGUGAAAUUUUGAUUGGGGAGUGUAUUUCUGCCCCCCCCUACUCAUUUAAGAUGAGGUUAAACUAACAUGGACCACGGGCCCAAAAUGUGAUUCUGUACUAUACACUGUAUGUAGUUUUAACAGUUGCUAUAUUUUUCAGACCUGAGUUGAAGCCAUAGUUUGUGUGUGUGUGUGUGUGUGUGUGUGUGUGUGUGUGUGUGUGUGUGUGUGUGUGUGUGUGUGUGUGUGUGUGUGUGUGUGUGUGUGUGUGAGAGAGUUUGGGGAGGAGUGUACGCUGAAAUGCUGACUCUUAUACUGUAUAUUGGUGUGUGUUUUAAAAUACUAAUUUCAUACAGGAGCUUUGAAAGGUGGACAGAAUGGUUGUUGGUCUCACCCCUCCCACCCCCUUUUAAAGGUAAUGGUAUUGUCCACCUUCCCUUGAUAUAUGUGUUGGCCUGUUCCAAAUUCAGAGAAAGAGGUGAGCCUGCUUGUGUCGGUGAAAAAGGACUGUGAACAGAACCAAACUAUUUUUGCCGUGCUGAGGGAUGGCAGAAUUUCUACUGGCCGUGGUUGAGAAGGGGGUGCAUGUUGCUUGUUGCUGACCCUCUACAGAUUUUAACUCAUUAUGGAACCUGGUUUCACACAAUAUUGCCUGUUGGGAAGUUAAUUACAGACAGAAUUUUAUAAUUGUGUAAUCUAAAGAGACUUAAGGGGCACCCAAGGACGUUCUCCAUCAUUACAGUUUGCAUCACUGUUGUUUACUGUGCAUAACUAAUUAGCGUUGCAAUAAGGUGAUUAAACGUAGGAGUAUUUUUAUUCUGGGAAAUGUCAGUUGAUAUUUCGAUAUGAAAAUAUUAGAGUGUUUGGCUUGGAUGCACCAAGCACCCACGAAAUGCGAGUUUUAAAAUUCCUGGCACGUCCAACCAAUCACUUCCUGCUUUUUUCCCGCUCUUUGUUUUCUUUUACGAACCGCCUUGGGUGCCUUUUAACGAUCACGUGACUGUGACAUCACAGAACUAUUGUACAGACAUCGAGCGACAAGCACAUAGGAACUAUGUUAAAUAUUGUAUGGUAUUGUAAAUAACCAGAUUUUUAAACACUUUAUGGUUAUGAUUAUGAAGGCAAAUGGUAUGUUAAAGAUGUCUUCCUCUAAUUUCUUUUUUUUUUUUAAAUAAAGCCCUGGGAAGAAAAACUGUAAAUCCCGACUCUAAAAUGCAACCUAACCUUAACACGGCCACGCCCGUUGAUGGCAUUAAAUGCGAAUGUUGUCAUGCGAAAACUGAAUGCUAUUUUUCUUUUUUGGUUCAUGUCGUCAUGCUCUUGCUGUGAUGCAUUAAACUUUUUGGCCUGAAUAAAUGGAUGAAACGGUA